CCCGCAUCCGCCGCCGGCUGGCCUUCGCCGCUGCACGUCGCCGGAGCGGAGUACUACGCCAGCUCGGAAGCGGGGAGGGAGGGGCUCGCAUCACCCUCCCGAACCCUAGCUUGGCCAACCGUUCUGAUCCGCCGCGCCAUGGCGGACCUCACGCCGCCGCCGCCGUCCACCGCCGGGCUGCGCAUCCUCCUCAGCAAGGAUCGGCCGCCAGCCUCCUCCUCCUCCUCUGCGCCCGCUACCGCCGCGGCCGCCGUAUCCAGCCACACCGACCGCGACCGCAUCAUUGGGGUGUUCCGGGAUGCGCUGUCUAGGACUGAAUCCCCUGAAGCUUUCGCACUUCAGGCGGUUCAGGAAGCGAUUAAACCUCAGAAGCAAACAGUGCUGGUUCUAGAGGAGAACCAAUCUUUAGAAAAUGCUCUACGAGCUUUGCUGCAGGAACUUGCAUCAUCUGCAGUUCAAUCUGGUAAAAGAAUUAUGCAAUACGGGAAUUCACUGGAUAAUGGAGAAAGUAAUUGCCCAAUAACACGGCUUCUUGAUAUCGUGCUUUACCUUUGCGAAAGAGGGCAUGUUGAGGGAGGUAUGGUAUUCCAGCUGUUAGAAGAUCUAACAGAAAUGUCAACUAUCAAAGACUGCAAAGAUGUCUUUGGAUAUAUUGAGAGCAAACAAGAUGUCUUGGGGAAGCAAGAGCUUUUUGGGCGUGGCAAGCUAGUUAUGCUAAGAACCUGCAACCAACUACUUCGAAGAUUAUCAAAGGCAAAUGAUGUGGUAUUCUGCGGCCGUAUAAUCAUGUUUCUAGCACAUUUCUUCCCGUUAUCGGAACGUUCAGCUCUCAAUAUUAAGGGAGUUUUUAACACAUCAAAUGAAACAAAGUAUGAGAAAGACGCUACAGAUGGAAUUUCUGUUGAUUUCAACUUCUACAAUACCCUGUGGAGUCUACAGGAGCAUUUUAGUAACCCUGCUUUGACUGCUGCAAAUCUGACAAAAUGGCAAAAUUUUGCUUCCAAUUUAACGGUUGUGCUAAGCACAUUUGAAGCUCAGCCUCUCAGUGAGGACGAUGGAAAACUUAACAAUCUUGACCAAGAGGAAGAUGCUGCUUUCAAUAUCAAGUACCUGACAAGUAGUAAAUUGAUGGGUUUGGAGUUGAAGGACCCAAGUUUUCGACGCCACAUCCUUGUCCAGUGCCUUAUAUUGUUCGACUUUCUAAAGGCACCUGGAAAGACUGACAAAGAAGGUCCAACUGGGAGCAUGAAAGAGGAAAUUGAUUCCUGUGAAGAGCGUGUUAAGAAGCUUCUGGAGAUAAUUCCACCAAAAGGAAAGGAAUUCCUACAAAGCAUUGAGCACAUUCUUGAGCGGGAGAAAAAUUGGGUUUGGUGGAAACGAGAUGGAUGCCUUGCAUUUGAAAAACAACCUUUUGAAAAGAAAUCAGGCCAAGCUGGAGUCAAAAAACGGAAGCCAAGGUGGAGAUUGGGAAACAAAGAACUUGCCCAACUGUGGAAAUGGGCAGAACAAAACCCUAAUGCUCUGACUGAUUCUGAACGCAUUUGCAUGCCAUCAGUAACAGAGUAUUGGAAACCGCUUGCAGAAGAUAUGGAUCCAUCUGCUGGAAUUGAGGAUGAAUAUCACCACAAGAAUAAUCGUGUGUAUUGCUGGAAAGGGUUACGUUUUUCAGCCAGGCAAGAUUUGGAAGGGUUUUCUCGGUUUUGUGACUAUGGUAUUGAAGGAGUUGUACCUCAAGAACUCUUGCCACCUGAAGUCCGUUCCAAGUUUUAUUCAAAGCCCAGUGAUAAGGCUAAACGACCUAAGAGGGAAGACGCAAAAGGCACUUCAGCUCAACCCAAGGAACAACAGGUUGCUUCGGCCACACCGGAGACCGAUGGUGGCGGCAGUGGGGCUGAACCAGAAGAAGGUGCUGUGCCAAUGGAUUCUGAUAACGCCGCGAUCGACGAAGGCCGGAAGCAGAGCCCAGAGGAGGUCUCUGGACCUGAAAGCGGGCAGUGCGAGGCUGAAGCCGAUGGCGAAGACAACAUGAAAAACGAGGCUAGCAAAGACGGUCCAUCCAAGGAGACGGCAUAGAAUUUCUGCCGGAAGAUUUUAUAGUCUCCUGUUGCCAACAUUUCGAUUGAGAUCAGCCAUUUUUUAGAGAUUUUUUUUAUUACUGGCAUGUUUCAAAGAAGUUGAUGAAUCUAGUCCACUAUACACUAAAAUUUCUCGAAUCUGUAGCUGACGCCAUGCCUUAGCCAGUUUGCCUGACUUGUACAGCUACAUGAUGUGUAUAUAGACCAGCUUGUUUCGUAUCCGUAGCUGUACACUGUAGUACAUUUUUGAAGCGCUAUCUUGCUUCCUAGUCCCUCGUCCCUUCCCGUGUGUGUUUACUGCUCAUUGUAGCAUAGUAGUUACGUAGCUGUACUUCCAAGCUCAUUUUAAUCCAAGCUCCAUAUCAUUAU